AUGGAUCCCACGCUCUAUUCCACCACACUAUUAUCACCCAUCACCUCACACGCUCUCUCCUUCCUCUUCACCUCCUCCUACGUCGGCUCCCUCUACAUUACCCAUCUCUUCGCCGCCCUUCCCUCUCCCCGGACCACCCCCACCGCUACGCCGCCAGAAGCUGCCAAUGGGCAAACCCCCCUCCCUCCCAUCUCUGCCGACAAAGAUGCGCUAGAUGCCCAAGAUUUCGAAACGGGGCCCAAAGUGGGGAGUCGGGACCACCCGCUCACGGUGCGCGCGCGGAUGAAAGCCGUGUCGUGUUCGACGCUUAUUUCUAUCCUCGGUGUCUACGCCACCUACAAACACGCCUCCGGUUCUUCGUUCUCAGAAUCAAUCAUCCCCUCCCUCAAACUCAUGGGCCUGCCAACGGGGCUGACGGGGAGUGGGGUGGGUCUCGGCUUGCCGAGGAUUCUGCCGUAUGUGUUGGCACCGACAAUGAUGCUCGGUCCACUAUACGCCAUGUACCUCUGCGACGAUAUCCCGAUCAUCAGCUGGCGGAGAAACUCAGAGUCGUGGUCGGCCAUGUUGAAGCGUGAAUUUGGUCUGCUUGAAGUCCGAAAUUAUGUCGUCGGCCCGUUGACAGAAGAGCUGGUCUUCCGAUCCACUGUUCUCGCUGCAUCUAUUCUCGGUGGGCUAUCUUUCAAGUCUCUCAUAUUCGGGACACCUCUCUGGUUCGGACUUGGCGAGACAAUACUGAUAUCUGUGUCAGCCCAUGUCCAUCAUGGAUUAGAGUCAUACCGCAAGAACGGACGCACAUCUCAAGCAGCUUUUCAUGCCCUUUUUGCUUGCCUGUUCCAAUUAACAUACACUACCCUCUUCGGAUGGUUCGCUUCAUACCUUUUCCUGCGUACCGGAUCAGUGAUACCACCCCUAGUCGCCCACAUGUUCUGCAAUGUGAUGGGGAUCUAUUUUCCCGGGAACGCUAUCAGAAGAGAACCGGGAAAGAAAGCUCUCAUUUACGGAGCUUAUCUCGCUGGUAUCGUCGGCUUCUUUUUCGGUGUCAAAACUCUGUAA